AUUGAAUGAACUAAGAAAAGAAGAAGGAAUGUCCAACAAUUUUGCAUCAAAUACAAAUGAUUUAGUGGGAAUGUAUUCACAACCAAUUGUAAAAUAUUUUAAUGAGGACUCAACAAAAGUUUUGUUGAAGCCAUUGCAAAACAGAUGA